UGGAGGUCUCCGUAAAGAUUUCUAUACAGAUAAUUAAAAUAGAAAUAGACGCAAUUUAAACAAAACUCACAAGUUAAUUGGCAAGAAAAAGUGUAUAACAAACGUAUAUAUCGCUAUAUACAUAUAUGCAUGUGAUAUGUCAGUGCGUACAUACAAGUAACGUGCAAACGAUUCAGCAGAAAGGACGAGAAAGGAGCAGAAAAUCGUUGCAAAACGCGUUUUAUUUCAUUAACGGAUUUGUGAACAGUUUUUAGCUUUUUAUUGAACAUUCUGUGUUGUUUUUAUUCCGCUUCUCGAAAAUUCGGCUUGUCAUCAGUAAUAACUAUUGUGCUUAUGAAUACAUCGAUCUUAAUUUGACUUUUACUAGACCGAGUAAGCCAAAUAAGACAUUUUGUUACAUUUCUUCGAAGGUAUAAACGGUGCUAACGGUUUUGUGCAACAUUAAGUGAAACAAAAGCAAAGAUUUCCAAAUUUACAAAGUAUUUUUUGUUCCUCCACACAAUUGUAGAUAAACGGUACUUCAAAUCAUGAAUGAGGACAUAUCUUGUGGUUUCGAAAUGCCUUAUCUUCAGGCAAUACAAAAACUACCAGGUGACACCGCUAGUGAAAAAUUCAGAUGGAUCGGAAAAUUAGCUUCGGACGAGCCAAACGCUAUUGAAAAUCAUGAGAAAGUCUCUACAGAAUUACUGCCUUUGUUACGAGUAGAAGUUGCUGUGAAACAUAAACGACAUGAGGAUAUAACAUCAGCUCUGAUUUCCAAUGUUUCGACAAUCGUGAGUCGAGCUCUUAAAGCUUCUUGGUUUUUCGAUGGUCGACAUGAGAACGUUAACGUUGCGUACUUUUGCAAACAAAUCUUUCCUUUCGUUUCUCCAUGUACAAGAAAUCGUAUAGUGAAAACACUUUCACGCCGAAUACAGAAUCCAGUAUUCGCGCAAGAAAUGUUUAUGGCAGUGACAUCUACUUACGAUACUGAAAUUGCUUUACCUUUGCUUCUGGCUUGUAAUGAUGUAUUUAUUUUUCAAACAGUGAACAAGAUGAGCAUUUUGUUACCCUAUAAAAUUUUCAAAAAAAUUUUUCAGAAGAAUCUACGGCUGGGGAAGCUUCUUUUUGAAUUUUUUGUUUUUUCUUAUCAGAAAUUUGUGCCUCAAUUAAGAAACGUAUUCGAUAAAUAUAGGUAUUUUUUACCAAAAUUGAUGAAAAAUUAUCCAUCAAUUUAUGUUCGAAUAAGCGCCUUCAAUUUAGGUAAUCCAUCACAUAAGUAUAUGUUGAGUAACACAUGUGCCAAAAGAUUUUUACAAGCAGCACUAGAACACGUAAUAAGAAAUUUGGAAUCGUAUUAUACUAUAUUGCCAAAAAAAAUAUUUAACGCAAUAUUAGUAAAGAAGUUUCCGUAUUUAGUGAACAACCCUUUGUUACAUGGGCACUACAGGAAUGAACUAUUGAACAUAUUAUUAAAGCACCCGGAAGAGAGAUAUCUCAAGCAACAUCUUAAAACAUAUAGAGACAUUUGCAAUAAUGAACUUGUCGACAUAGAAAAUGUGACUCCUCACAUUUUGAGAUUAUUACCCGCCGAGAAAAGGAUACAGCUGGCCAAAGAAAAGAUAAACAGUAAAUCUUUUCAUGAAAUGAUGGACUGGAGCAGAGAAUGGAUUUGCUACCUUCCUGCUAAAAAAGCGACAGCAGUUAUGAAAUUAAGAUUCAAUCAAGAAUCAGAUUUUCGCAAUAAACUCAGUUACAUAUUGAAAAUGAUGUAUGCUUGCGAAGUUAACAACGACGAAAAUGAGUUAUACAAUACCUUGAAAUACAUUAUAGACAAAAAAUACAUGAUAAGCUACGAUGUUGAAGCAGAUAAGGAAAAGCUAUUUAGGAUUACAGAAUUUUCUAAACCAUUAUAUUUAAGUGAAAGAAAUGCUUGUCUUGUAUAUCAUAUUAUAAAAAUGUUCUACGAACAGUAUGGUUAUGUGGAGCAAGAUGUUCUUGACAUAAUGAUACUAUACGGACUCGUUAAUGACAAAUCGAUUGAAAAUUUGAUCGAGAUAUUACGAAAAACUUUUGAUAAUCAUGUACCUAUAUCUUUUACACAUGGCGCGUUUAGGGAUUACCCGCAUCAUGAAAGACAGUUUCUUGUAACUUUCCUUAUUGCUAUUGAGCAAUUGUAUGCCGACAGAUGGAGAAAAAACUUACAACAGAAGAGUGGAGAAGUGAAGAAACGGAGAAUAGAAAGAAGAAAAACUUUAAUCGGAGAAGAAGAAUCAAAAAAUGGAGAAAAAUAUGUUUUAUAUCGAUUGGUUGUAGCAAUGUAUGAUUUUAAUGAAAAAUGCAAAAAAUUUGGCCUAGAACAUAUGUCAAUUAAAAACUAUCCUUGUCUUAUGAAUGCAAUACGUACAAUAAUGCACGUUAAAACAAAUUUUUCAUCUCGGACGAUGCGGAUUCUGUUGCACAAGUAUGAACCAGAAUUGUAUCGCAGUUGGUUCCUGCCGGAUACGUCGAAGAACAUCGCGGACGUUACAUCCGGCGCAGCACUACGUUUAUUGAAGCAAGAUUCGCAGAGUGUAUUGGACAAUUGGGAGGAAUAUUUGAUAGAUUGCAAAAGGCAUUAUCGUCACAAACACGUGCAACGUUUCGUCAGAGCCACACGUUGGUACAAGGAUAUUCCUAUUAAAUUUGCUGAGCGUUGCAUAAGCGAUUUACACGAAGAGGAUACGAAAGAAAUGCCAUCUGCUUUAAUUAUUUUGAGUUUUUUGCUUGACACCAAUUCGCUGACAAAACUGAUAAAUAUGAAUUCAUUCAUAUUUCAUUUGGCAUCAACUAUGGAAAAGCACAAGUUUUUUCGCAUGUUAGAUAUCAUUAAAUUCCACAAACUGCCAUUUGUAGGAGGGACGGUAUUUGAGUCGCAUCUUACACCUUGCACCUUGCACCCUACAUAUUAGAAUAGCUUUUAAUAAUUAAAUAAAAUUAAAUAUUUGAUUUUUAAAAAUUAUUUAAACAUAACGCUAGAAAUUAUAAUAACAAACAACUAAUAAUAAUAACAAAACUUUAAUUUGUAACAAGAAAUCCGAGAAAAUCUUGUAAACUGUAGCGCAUAUUGGUAUUAUGAAUAUUUUAUAAUUUUGCGUAAUUUAAAUCGAUGUGUUUUCUCUUCCAAAACUACUGUUCGGGAUUAUUGAGAGUUGGACAAGUUUAAGAUCAAAAACAUUGUCGAUUAUAUUGUUAGUUAUUUCUUUAGAAAAUGCAGAAGAACAGAGGAUACAUAAUUGAAACGAUGCAAAGUUUUACAAAUUUGCAAAGUAUUUUUUGUUCCUGUACACAAUUGUAGAUAAACGAUACUUCAAACCAUGAAUGAUGACACAUCUUCGGGGUUUAAAAUGUCUUAUCUUGAAGUAAUACAAAAAAUACUAGGUGAAACCGCUAGCGAAAAAUUCAAUUGCAUUGGAACAUUAGCUUCGCGCCAACCAAAUGUCAUUGAAAAUCAUGAGAAACUUUAUGUCGUUUUCGAUUAAAUUAACAGAAGUUAAUAGGUCAUAUUGUAUCAUUUUAUCUUUUGUGAUAAAUACAUUUUACAUGCGCGCGCUUCGUAAUAGUAUUACGAAGCGCGCGCAUAUACAAUGAUAAAUUCUUAAUGAUGUUAACUU